GCACGCUUCCUGUCUUCUUCGCCUUCCUACUUCCGGCUAUGGUGCUCUGACAGAGGAGAUUAGAACGCUCCUGGGCUCAAAUACGCCUCUUACAACUUCAAACAGGCGCGAUUAAAGAAGCUCACUUUGGACAGAUUUAAAUCACGAUGCCCGUGACUGUCGCUCCGUACGGUCAGGGCCAGGCCCAGCCCAGCUGUUUCGAUCGGGUCAAGAUGGGCUUCAUGAUGGGCUUCGCGGUGGGCAUGGCCGCCGGUGCCAUGUUCGGCACUUUCUCCUGUCUCAGAAUUGGCAUGCGAGGUCGGGAGCUGAUGGGCGGAGUGGGCAAGACCAUGAUGCAGAGCGGGGGCACGUUCGGCACGUUCAUGGCCAUCGGGAUGGGCAUCCGUUGCUGAGGACGACCCCUAACGAGCCCGUCCGUGCGAACCGACCACAAUUAUGGGACUGAUGCAAUUGCAGCCGCGUCUUUCUGACCUCUCGGCCCGUGUCACCGCUUCCAUUAAAAAGAAAAUUAAUUCCACAA